UCAGCACUGCCCGGGUAUAUAAAGGGACCCAACCCAGAGCAGACAUCACAUCUGAGAACUUCCAACCUCUCUUCACUUCUCAGCCCCACUCUCUAGCCCAGCCACCACCAUGACAGGCUCCUGCUGUGGAUCCUUCUCCUCCCAGAGCUGUGGAGGCUGCUGCCAGCCCUGCUGCUGCAGGGACCCCUGCUGCUGCCGCCCAGUGUCCUGCCAGACCACAGUGUGUCGCCCUGUGACCUGUGUGCCCCACUUCACUAGGCCCAUCUGUGAGCCCUGCCGCCGCCCCAUCUGCUGUGACCCCUGCAGCCUGCAGCAGGGCUGCUGUCGCCCCAUCACCUGCUGCCCCACCUCUUGCACAGCUGUGGUCUGCAGGCCCUGCUGCUGGGCCUCCACCUGCUGCCAGCCCAUCUCAGUGCAGGCUCCCUGCUGCAGGCCCCCCUGCUGCCAGCCUGCUCCCUGUAGGACCACCUGCAGGACCUCCCCCUGCAACACCUGCUGCUGAGCAGUGAGCAGAGCACCUGGGGGAAAGAGCCAUCCUUCAGAAAAUAGCCACGUUCCAGUUUCUCCAUGUAAACUCCCGCCCUGAGCUACUGAUACCCUAAAUCAACCAGCUUGUGAAGGGAGGCCCGGAAGACUUGUGCAAGUCUUUAUAGCUUUCUGUGUCCUUCUUUCUAUCUUGGGUCUAAAGUCUUGGAACAAGUUUAUUUUUAAAUAAAUUUUUCUUCUUG